UGUACUGAUCUUGACCUGUUGGUUGACAAUAGUGCCAAACCCCAGUGUAAUGAUGCCAAAUUCCUGUUUACUGUCAAAGUAAGUUUUCUGUAUUGAGUUACGAAUUCAUCGAAACUGUCGAGAGUACAACCUCCUACAAACCGAACUACCCGUUAUCGCUAGACCGCCUGUCAUACUGUAUAUCGCACAUUUACAUUGGAGUUGUGCUGUAGGCCUCGUGUGUGAUUGUCCGAUGACCUUUAACUGACAGUUUAAUACCAGGGAACAAGUGUGUAUCGACCUGGAUUAGAAUUCCUUCCCUUUGGUAUUUUGUGAUCCGUGGAUUAUAUAAUGUAAUACUCUGUCUGGGAUCAGCGAGACCACUUGACCUGUACACAGGAUGAACAGUGUAACAUAUAUACUGAUACUGAUAGUAGCUGUACUCACUGCCAUGUUGUUUAUGAAAAACGCUGGCCCACAGCCAACUAAACACCUUAAUGAUACCUACGACUAUAUCAUAGUGGGAGGUGGAUCUUCUGGGGCCGUGUUGGCUACUCGACUGUCUGAGGAUAGUGGAAGUAGCGUGCUGCUUCUUGAGGCUGGGGAUACUGGAGAGAACAAUUGGUUCAUCAACAUACCACUGGCAAGUGCUCUAUUACAGAAGUCCAGCGUGGACUGGGACUACAUCACAGAGCCCCAAAAAUAUGCGGCUUUUGCUAUGAAGGAACAGAGAAGCCGCUGGCCUCGUGGAAAAGUCUUGGGAGGAUGCAGUUCUAUAAACAUGAUGGUGUAUAUGCGAGGUAGCCGCCAUGACUACGACAGCUGGGCUAGGGAAGGUUGUGAGGGAUGGAGCUACGAAGAUGUCCUCCCAUAUUUCCUUAAAUCAGAGGAUGUACUAUCAGAUGAACUUAAAGAUUCAGCGUUCCACAGUACCGGAGGGGAGUUGGGCGUGUCGCACACGAGGCAUACAAACCUGCCCAAUGUAUUCCUACAAGCAGGGCAAGAGAUAGGCUUCAAAUCUAGGGACUGUCACGGCCCAGACCAAAUCGGAUUUUGUAGAAUGCAGGCCACUGUUCGAGAUGGACAGAGAAGUUCCACAUACAACGCCUUCCUUCUGUCCGCAAUGAGUCGCGAAAACCUACAUGUCGGAGUGAACAGUUUGGUGACUAAGGUCCUGAUCGAGGACGGCCGUGCGGAGGGGGUGGUGUUAAUGAGGGACGAGCGGUCUGUAACAGUCCGUGCCAGGAAGGAAGUCAUCCUUUCCGGUGGAACGGUCAACUCUCCACAGCUACUGAUGCUGUCAGGGGUGGGACCACGUGAUCAUCUGAAAGCCAUGAACAUUGAUGUGAAAGCAGACUUGCCCGUUGGAGAUAACCUACAGGACCAUUUGAUGCUGCUCGUGCAGGUCCUUACUAACACCACUAUGCCAUUAUCAAGUGAAAACUUGCUCAACGUGUGGACACUGUCAGACUAUGCCCUACAUCGUAAAGGUGCUUUUGCCACUACGGGUAUUGAAAGUUCGGCAUUUCUGUAUAAAGACAGUAAUAUCACAUCCGAUAAUGGCGGUCCUCCCGACAUCCAGUUUCAUCUGAACAGUGUUCAUGCUUUCACAGAAAAUGAAAUAUCGUUUGAAAAUAUGAAUUUGAAUGAAAAGGCAAGAAAGCUUGUAUUCUCUACACCUUUGAAACCAAGUAGCUUUGCGAUACUACCCGUUGUCUUACACCCAAACAGCAAAGGUACUAUUCGGUUAAAAAGCAAGGAUCCCCUUCAAUACCCAGCCAUUGAUCCCCAGUACCUACAACACCCGGAGGAUAUCAAAACCUUCCUUAAAGGUAUACGUUCCGUUGAGCGGCUUCUUGAUACUAAGUCUAUGAAGGCGAUAGGGGCUUCUCUUGACCCUUCGAUUCCAAUGUAUAACCUUUGUAAACAGCAUGUGUUCAGGUCAGACGAUUUCUGGACAUGCUUUAUACGGCAGAUGGCCACUACAGUCUACCAUCCGACCGGUACUUGUCGGAUGGGUAGGGCAGAUGACCGGACAGCUGUGGUUGACCCUCAACUUAGGGUAAAAGGUAUCAAAGGCCUACGUGUAGUAGACGCUUCUAUUAUACGGAACAUGCCGUCCGGUAAUACAAACGCCCCGUCGAUUAUGAUUGCAGAAAAGGCAGCCGAUAUGAUACGUGGUACAGAUACUGUUCAGAAAUGGAAAAAACAAAUAAGAGGACAUUUAUAAGAUUGUGAUGAUGUUGAAAUUGAGUAUUGAGAACCACAUGUACAGCUCAGGGUUGCGUCACAGCAAUCAUUGUCCACAUGCCUUAUUGCACAGUUACCGUUUGAAUACAAAUACAUUAUAUGUACUUUCUGCAUCCAUCCAUCUCAGAAGGUAUUGCUGAAUAUUUGCCUUCAGCAUAGAUAAAUAAAACGUAUAGGUGAAAUCAAAUUAGAAGUCAUGAUUUCUCACGUGACUACAUAAACCUCAAGUGACACUCAGACCUUAAGAUGUUGACAUAUAUUUGAUUGUAUUGACUUUAGUUUCAAAUCGAUUUUUUUUCUGUAUUUAUGAUUUAAGGAUGUCUUUAUUAUCUUUUCUCAGUAGGAAAUAUAGUCCUCAUCAAAUAACAACCUUUAGAUAUCAAGUUUUCAUCUAAGCUGCAGUGGUUUUAAUUUUUUGUUUAUCUAUUUCAAGUAACACUAUUCACGAGCAUUUCUUCCUGCAACAAAAUUCAGGUAAGAACAGAGACACAUAUCUAUACGACCAAUAGAGUUGUCUCCCUUUCCACUUGGACAUACGUCUGCUACACAAUACAUGUGACCCCAAUUGAUAGGAUUUUAGACUUAUUUGUUUUUGCUCUCGCCAUUUUUUCCAGCCUUACAAAAUAUACUCUAAAGCAAAACAUCAUUAGGAUCACUGCUGUCUUUUCGUUUUAAAUUUGCCAGUGGUCUGUAAUUAAAGUCAUAAUAAUGCUACUGGUCCGAUGUAUAAGAAUAGCAUGAUAUACGGUGACUAGGCUUAUACAUUCAUGGCCGUGGUAAGUACCUGAAGUAGUCAUAUUCACCCAGGGUAAAGCCAGAGGAGAAUAUGACUGCUGAGUUCAAGAGAGCCAUAAAUUGUUUCUUAUAUCGUAUAAAACAAGUAUAAGUCAUAUUCUAUCAACAGAUUAAAUACGCUUUUUAAUUAAAUCACAAAUUUUUAAUUCCAUUCGAUUUCAAACUUUGACAGAUUUUGAAGGAACCAUGCUGUAUUUUACAAAACGAAACUGACAAGUACGACACUUCUUUUGAGAUUCAGAGAGAGGGUCGCCAUGGGGGCUCGCGCUCCAGGAAGAUAUGAUGUUUUACUUCCCGGUAACGUAAUACGUUUCGACUAAUCACAGGCACUGUUAUAGACAUAUAUGAGGUAUAAUAGGUAUAAAAAUAUACGGUAGCUAGGAGAGUAUAUUACAUAGUUACGUAACAUUUAUACAUUGUGCUAUCUAAACAGACCACAUUCCAAUUAUACAUGUCUCCUCAACAAUUAAGAAAGAUAUACAUAGUACUGAAUACUGACAUAAUAUAUGAGGUUUAGAGGGGAUUCACAAACAACGUAUACAUACCCUGUAACGUUUUGCCGAAUAACCUUCCCUUUCUUGAACCUUGGUGUGUUACUAGCGCAGGAACCCGAAAGAUGGUACCUUCCAGGUGAAUUUGGACACAUCCGACUGGAAUUAAGCAAUGAUCUUAAAUCUAAUGAAGAGUUUUAAUAUCGAAAGUUUGUUAAUAUUUGGUUACAUUUCACUUUCUGUUUUAUAUAUACCAAUACAGAAAGUUACCAUCAAUAUUCUUUAGAUAACUUGAUUGUCAUCAGAUGUAUGAUUGUCUUAUUUCUCUUGGUUAAACUUAUAUUGUUCUCUAAAACGUGUUGAUGGUACAAACCGCGAAGUAUGUUGUCCUGCUUUAUCAUUAUGCAUUAUGACUUAUUAACACAACUUGUUUUAUCUUCGAGACUAUUGUGUGUGCUUGUCAGAGUAUGGCAAAGACAAUCUACUCAAAAUCAGGUCGACGACUAUUUGACCUUGAGACAUGUGUAUGGCAAUUCCAAUUUUAUUCCUUUAUACCUCUAUGUAAUGGGUGAUACAGAAUUUAAUGUUGGGUAUAUAUUUCAUUAGAUUGAUGGUGUCAUGUCUCCAUAAACUGUACAGAGAUGGUAUACAACAAGUGUUCGUGUGACAUUGUACUCGUUCAUAUGAUUUCAUAAAUAUAUAUAUAGAUAUAUAUGUUUAUAUGUAAACGAUCUAAUUCAAAAUUUCUUCAACCCAAAUUUAUUUAUCUAUAAUUAUUUAUGAAGUAUAGAGAAGCGUGCUGUAUGUUCACUACCUCUUCUCUUUAUAUGGUAGAUUGGUGCUAGCAUGUAUUGUUGAUAACGAAAUAGUAACGCCAUGUAUGUAUGGUGUCAGAACAUUGUUGAAUAUAUGUAUUACUGAUAAUGCGACAGUAACGCCAUGUAUGUAUGACGUCACAACAAUGUUGUAUAUUUGUAUUACUGAUAACAAGACAGUAAGGCAAUGUAUUAUGACGUCACAAGAGUGUUGUAUAUGUGUACUGAUAACGAGACAGUAACGUCACGUACGUAUGACGUCACAACAGUGUUUAUAUGUGCUAUAUCGUUAUUAUUUAAGAACAGUUGUGGACGACCUGUAUUGUAAGAAAGUACUUUUUACUAAUAUAUAUUUAUUAAAACAUGAAGACGUAUUAAUGCUUGUGAUUACAAAUGUACUAGACAAUUCUGAAAAUAAAAUGUUAUGUUUUCUAAUGUU